AUGCCCGCCACUCUCCGCUCAACGCCCGUGACCCAGCGAACGACACGCAACUCCAACAAGACACCACUUGCUACACCAGAAGUAGUCAACUUCUCGAGCCCAAGCUCAACGCCCCGCCGAUGUUCGACCUGCAAACAACCACGCAAGGGCCAUCCGAGGUCGGGAUGCCCGUUUGGGCCAGAGACGGGAAUGACUGAGAAACUUGGCGCAUUGGAUUUGUCGGUUGUUGACGACGACGACGACGACGACGAAACAGAGGUGGAAGAAGGAGUACCCCAAGGCAAAGAGAGGACGAAGAAGUCGCAGAGAGUCGCUAUGCCGGGCACACUGGGUCCGAUACCAAGCUGGGUACUCUCCCAGUCGUCAUGCAAAUCAGAGGACUCCAUCUCCUCGCUGGACGUCGCGCCACCCACCUCCCAAGAGUGUCCUCGCCCACUUGCACGUGCGCCCAGCAUCGCUGAACGCGAGGUAUUCACAUCUUCUCUCACCUCACUCGCCAAAGCCACUGUCUACGUUCUCCCCACCGAAGAUGCCGCCGAAAUCGCUCUGAAGGCGUCUCAACGCGGUCUUUCCACUCGCCAGUUGGAUCUGGACCAUGAAGACGCCCUUUUGCUUAUUGGUCAAACGCAGGCUGCUGUUGCAGUGCUGGAGAAACAAGUGCAAAUCAAGAUGCAUUCGCUCGUGCCCAAGAACCCGCAGAAUGGCGUGAUAGCAACGGCCACGAAGGGUCUGAUAGUUGGAGCAGUUGGAGCCGUGGCUGCUUGGGGAGCGCUGGCAUUUGCGUAG